GGAAAUGGAUUCCCAAAUUGCAGAGGUAAAUCAAAGCCUGACUACAGCGGAGCAGAUGAGAAACCAGAAUCAGCUGAUAAUGCAACCCUAUGCCAACUGGGAGGAUUACUUAUCACCUGCACCAUUCUCUAUUGCCAUAAUGGCAGAACUGGCCUUUUUAUCUUCCAAAACUGAUUUCUCCAUCAACAAAAACCCACCCAAGGAAGGCUACAAGUAUAUCAAAUACCCAGAUUCAUUCUGUGCCUGCCUCAUGCAAGUGUGUAACUCUGGUUGGUGGGCAUUCAAUGAGGCUCAUACAAACAUGGAUCAGAUCAGGCUACUAACACUAACUGUUCCAAAUUACAUUACAACUGUGGUUAAGAUUCUGUUCCAAGGCAACAAUGAGGUCAAAGAUCAUCUCCCCAACCAGUUGACGAACAUCCGUGGCAUUGCAGACAGAUGCCUUGAGUUGGCCAAUUCAACCAAAGAACGGUUUGAAGAAGUCAUCAAUAUUAUUCAAGAACUACUGGAAGUGUGUCUAAAAGCUAGAAACCUUUAUGGAGAAGAGCUGGAUGCAGUCAAGAGGACACUAGAUGAGAAUAAACUGAGGGAGGAGUCCUCAAAAGAAGCUGUUGAACAUUCCAAAAAAGAAGUCAAAGCUUUGGAAGAAGAACUGAAAGAAGCACAGGAAAGCUAUAAGAGUGCAAUGAAGAGCCUUCCUGGUGGAUGGGAAAUAAUUGCUAUGGAUCUUGUUGAAUCUGUGACUGAUGUUAUGAUAGACACUUUUCACAGACUUAUUGUUCUAAUCACUCAACCAGUAGCCCAAAUGUGCAAAGCUACAAGAAUUGCUGACACAAAGAGUCACAAUAAAGGGGAAGACUCUGUUAAACCUAUGGACGAAAUUAACAUCUAUAGCAAGUCUGCAGAAAUUCUGGAAUGCACAGAGAUGAUCGAGCAAUUUGUGCAGGAGGACAAGAUCGACUGGUUCAGCUUGUAUGAUCAAAAGAACAAAGCUGCACUAACAGAAUUUUCAGCAAAGCAGUUUGAAAGAAUUAUGAAAAAUUUGAAAAAACUCCCAAAAUGCCAACCAAGGAAACAUGCUAAAAAUAUAUGCAAAGAGGGCAUUAUGAUCUGUAAAGAACUAGCAAAAUAUGCACCAGAUGGGAAAUGUGAUAAAGCCAAAACCUUAGAGUUAAUCGAAAGAAUUAAAAAAUUAACCGAAUCAGCUUACAGAUUUGACAGAAAAAGCAAAGAUGUGACUUCUUCCCUUGGGAGGAUGACCGCUUCGCAAAAGGCCUUAAAGAACGCCCUUUUCCGCAUAGACGAAACCCUUAAUCAAAUAAACAAGUCCAGAGAGCUUUAUCACAAGGAUCUGAAUAACAUGAGGACAAACCAGAAGGAGCUGAAUGAGAUCCUGGUCACUUUGAGAAACUGUCAAGUCAAAGAGAUCGACUUCAACACUACCAUUCAAAUGCUGCUCAAAGGUCUGGAUGCCAUGGGAAAAAUGAAGAAUCAUUGGGAAAAGAUGGUGCAGUUUUUUCAGAUGGUGUCCAUCAUUGUGACAAACAGCCUGAGCUUGACUCUCAAUGAUUUUGCCACCACAGCUGAGACAUCAACCGGACAUUCCUAUGAUGGGCAGCUCUUCUGUAAAGUCAUGCUCUACAAUCAAGCCUUUCAGGCCACCAACAUCGCCAGCCUGGUCCACAUGAUCUCAAGCACCUAUACUGAUGUGUCCACCAGAUACCUAAAGGAUAGCGUCAGCACUCUGGGGACACUUAUGUCCACUGAUCGGCAAAGUCCACAGUUUCUGCAAAUGCAUAUGCAGUUACAGAUGUGCUGUGACAUGGCUAAGGAGGCCAUCAUUAGCCUUGUGCUCAAGAAUAAGAAAGAGUUUGAUAGGAUGACCGAUUCAAGACUGAAGAAGUUUGAAAAAGAGUUACUUGCCAUUUUACCGGCGGCUUAACCUGAAGAGAUACAGUUUAUUCAAGAAACUGCCUGAAAUGGAUUAACAGAAAAUAUUUUUACCAAUCUAUGUGUGAGAGAAAUGACAAAUCACCAGACAACCAUUACAGAAACUAUCUUAAAUGGAUGGUACUCUGGAAGAAACAUGACAUUUGUCAGUGAAACGAUCAUCAAUCCAUCAUUGCACAAAUUUCCUGAUUUUAUAUAUAU